GUGGAACAGAUCAGUUCAACACUUCUUCUCGCAGUGCUCAAAGGAAAUAACGCAGUAGUAUCGUUAGUGUUAUAUCUUAAAGUGCAAGAAACAAUGCUUCGAUUUAUGUUGUUAUUAACAUUUGCCGUGAUUGCGACAACGGCCACCGUUGACAAUGAGUCACAGACAAAUUACACUUUACGCGCGGAAGAGCAAAACUCGAAUAAUACAAGUGGAAUCGAUAAUGAGAAAGGAUUCUGGGAAUGGUUUGCAGGUAUAGUGGCGCCGAAACCAACAGUUCCUGCAACGCAAUCAGAAAAAUGUUUAAAAUGCGCUUGCGGUUUGACAAACAAACAUAAUCGUAUUGUCGGAGGCGUCGAAACACUCGUCAAUCAGUAUCCUUGGAUGGUUUUAUUGAUGUAUAGGGGACAAUUUUAUUGCGGCGGUACAGUCAUAAAUUCACGACACGUGUUGACAGCAGCUCAUUGCGUUGACAGAUUCGAUGCAAGUAAACUGACUGUCCGAAUAUUGGAGCACAAUAGGAAUUCGACUGCCGAAAGCACAACGCAAGAUUUUAAAGUAGAAAGGACAAUCAAACACAGUAGUUACUCAACUAUUAAUUAUGAUAACGAUAUUGCAAUCAUUAAGCUAAGAGAACCUAUCAAGUUCGAGGGUCCAAUGCGACCUGCUUGUCUUCCGGAACAAGGGAAAACCUUUGCUGGUGAAAAAGGUAUAGUGACGGGAUGGGGUGCUACUGAAGAAGGUGGAUUGGUAUCAAACAAUUUGCUAGAAGUUGUCGUUCCCAUUCUUUCAAAUGCGGAAUGUCGUGCUACGAAAUAUCCAUCGCGUAAAAUAACAGAUAAUAUGUUGUGUGCGGGUUACAAGGAAGGUGGCAAAGAUUCCUGCCAAGGAGAUAGCGGUGGUCCGUUGCACGUAGAAAAAGAUGGGUUUUUUUACAUAGUCGGAGUUGUAUCUUGGGGAGAAGGAUGUGCGCAAUUUGGGUAUCCAGGCGUUUACUCUCGUGUGAAUCGAUAUCUCACAUGGAUAACAAAUAAUACGAAGGAUGGUUGCUAUUGUUGCAACAAUUAAUAUACAUAGACUGAUAUAUUUAUUUUGGUUAAUUUUACAUUUAUUUGACAAUGAUGAGAAAUACUCAAUGUAAGCCACGAAAACAGUGAGGUACACAAUGAAACACGAACAGUUACUUAUUUUUAUUAACUUCUUUGAGUAAUUAAAUUGAAAAUUGGAUAAAUUGUUAAUAAUUAAUUAAUAAUUUUUUUUAUAUUAAAAAAUAUAAUUUUUUUAUAUUAAAAAAAUAUAAUAAUUUUUUUAUAUUAAAUGACAUAGUGAACAAUACAUUUUUAUAUUGACGAUUAUAACAUCUAUAUUAUUAUUAGCAACAUUUGCGUAAUGCAUUCACGCUAUUAAAAUUGGAAAGUUUAAAGUUGCAUUGUGUACCAUUAAAAUUUAUCAUAUUGUAAGGUAACAUAAUUAUUUAAUUUAUAUUUAUUAUUUUUUUACCAUAUGUUUGUAAAUGUCAUUGUUGUUAAUUAAGUUAAUUUAAUAUUUUACAAUUGCAUUGAACAAUUAUACAUAAUGCGUGAUUUUAUAUCUUACAUAAUGUACAUGAUCGUACAUAUGAUAAUUAAAAAUUAAGGCACGCGUGCUCUACGUUGAUCAAUACUCACAAUAAAUAAGUAUUGAGGAAGAAAGUUAGAAAACUUUCUCUGUUUCUUUCAAUCAAACGAUUUCAGUGAAAACUCACGUACACGAUUUAUAACGCGAUUUACAUUGUAUGGUGAGGACAGAUGGCAAUAUAAAAUGUGCAUUUCGUUAUCAUGAUCAUUGACAAAAAAUAAAUGUAUAUUUAAUUUGAAUAUAAUAUGAAUUUUUCAGGUGAUAAUCGGUAAUUUUUUAUGGAAUGUUUAAGCAUAAAUGUUUCUAU